AUGGAAGUGGUCAAGAUAGCCUAUGGGCCAAGUUCGCAGAGGAUUGUGAUCCAAACCAACAAUUGUGAUCAUUAUUAGUAAAACUGAAGGUUGAAAAGCUUGGCAACUUCGUGUUAAGAAAUAAAGAAUCGAAUAAAGAUAUAUCACACGAAGCUGUUGGCGCCGUCCCAAAUGAGGUAUGUCAAUGCACUUGUAGCUGCUGAUGGCUAAAUUGCGUGGGUGGGUCGUGGGAUAGACAAUGAAAAUAUCUUUAAAAAAUAGGUACGAGUGCGUACAUGUUGCAUGCCAUUUAAAACCUUAUGAUGCGCCUGGCCUGAAACUUGAAUUGAAAAAUAGCUAUUAUGUCAAAGUAAAAAACUUAAGAUUUUCACGCGAAAAGAUAAUGUUUUUAUGGGUGACCGUUCAUCGUGGGUAUGACUAAAGGGAGAGUUACGAACCGGAGAGUUAUCUCGGAGAGUUAUGAUUUCGAAGAGUUAUGUUCGAACCACGCCCACUUUCCCCAACGACCACACCCAAUUUCUUAACUCUCCCGACGUUUCCUUGAACUAACAUGAGAGAGUUAUGUUUGACGUAACUCUCUCUCGUCAUAAACAUUAUGAAGAUGUUAGAGAGUUAUCAUUUUUUAUAACUCUCCGCGUUCACGAUAGUGGCAAUGAAGAGAGUUGUGUCAGUUUUUUGAGAAAACCUCAGUAAAGCUUGUUUCUUCAGAUUUUCAUCUUAUAUUUUGGUAUUUCAGUUUGUAGCGUGUCAAUGGCGUGCGUCCAAACAGGAAAUAGUACAACUUGACUCGGUCAAAACAAUGAGAUGCUUGCAUCACAGGGGUCAAAUUACCCCCUGAAGCAUGCUUUGACGUGUAUUUGGCAGUAAAUACUGGUUCCACCUAAUACGAAUGCUGGGCUUUGUAGAUAAUCCAAGUGAGCAUGUAAUAAUUUAUUUACUCGUACUCGCUUUACUUCGUAAGUACUAUAAAAGUACUACUAGUUUCUACUAGCUUCUUUCUACUGUUAAAGCUGAAACUUGAGAAAAAAGUAAAUUCACAAUAAUUUACUAAAAUGUGGAAGUUUUUUACAAAAAACUGACGGACAUAACUCUCUUAAUUGGCAUUGCCACAAUCGUGAACGCGGUGAGUUAUAAAAAAUGAUAACUCUCUAACAUCUUCAUAAUGUUAACGAGAGAGAGUUACGUCAAACAUAACUCUCUCAUGUCAGUUCAAGGAAACAUCGGGAGAGUUAAGAAAUUGGGUGUGGUCGUUUGGAAAAGUGGGCGUGGUUUGGGCGUGGUUCGAACAUAACUCUCCGAAAUCAUAACUCUCCGAGAUAACUCUCCACUUCAUAACUCUCCAUUUAGCCGGUCCCGUUCAUCGUUAGUUGCAAGUGACGGUAAUAACAAGGUCGAGGUUUUAUCGAAAGCGAUUGACUGUAAGAUUUCCUUCACAAAUUUAUAACUAAAUGUUAUUCUUACAAAUUUAGCUUUAUUGUAACUUUUCGAAGGUAUAAAAUCCCGUGAAAAUGGUGAAUUAUAGAUGUUUUCUGGAAUGACUUAUUGGGGGCACUUCUUGAUAUAUGCACAACCAAAAUAUAUCGAGAAAGUUUGGGCAGCCUUAAAAAAAAGUCAAAAUUGAGAUUAGUAAAAAACACUGAUCUAAAUUUGACCCAGGUUGGCACCUCUUCGCAUUUUUUUAGAUCAAGGUUCUACCCCUGGAGUUUUAUUCACCUCCAGAAGGAGGUAUGUGCUGGGGGUGGUCCACAACUUCAGUCUUCACCUUUGCCGACAGAGUGGGUCAGGCAGAGUUUUGGGCGUGGGUUUAAUACGAUAACGACUUAAAUUUUUGAUAAAUAUUCUUCAAUAGUAUUCAAUGUAAUUUUAUUAAUAAUCCAUAAAAAUCUGAAACUAACUUAAUUUCUAGGACAAUAUAGAGCUCUAAUGUAAUUGAAAAGUAUUCACACGCUUACAGAAUGCUUUCUGCUAUGUUAAUCAGAUACAUAUAGUAAGAAUGAAGCAAUCAACUUAGAUUUUGUAGUCAAUAAAAUGAUCAGUUGCGAUGUAGCUCCGCAAAAAACUGAAACUAAUUAAAUGUCUUUUUAGGAACUUGUACUAAAAGAUUGGGAGAGCAUCAUUUGCUAA